AUGGUCAUUCUACGUAUGGUUACUCCGCUCCCACUCCCGCUUAUGUACCCGCCAAGUUCGACUUCAACUACGCGACAUCAGGAGGCCCGUGAUGGCGCUAAUACAGAGGGAUCUUACUAUGUCCUUCUUCCCGACGGUCGCCUACAGAAGGUUACUUACACUGUUAAUGGAAACUCCGGUUAUGUGGCUGAUGUCACCUACGAGAGAGAGGCUCAGUACCCCACUCCACAGGCCUCCUAUGGGCCUCCUCAGCCAUCCUAUAAGCCACCCAUCCCCUAUUAUGCUUAA